GGGUAGAGAUCUGGUGUGUGUAUGUGUGCAUACAUACACACACACAGACAUGCAUACAAACACACAUGCAGUCAAGUAUUGGAACUACAGGACUAGCAGGACAAUGAAGCAAGAGAGACAAAGUUUAGGAAGGACACAUUUCUCACAGCAUGGACUCUGAAUCUCUGGACAGCUGCAUCCAGAACACACUCGCGGCGCUCUACCCGCCGUUCGAGGCCACCGGUGGCACUGUGCUGUGCCAGGUGCUGGAUGUGGUCGAGUCAUCCUACCGCGGAGACGGCCUACGCUACCUCAUCGACUUCCUGAUCCCCGCCAAACACAUUCUCCAGAGCAUUCAACAGGACGCAUGUUUUCCAUAUUGCGGUUUCCUUUUCCGCCACGAGGGCUGGCCACUGUGUGUCCACGAGAAGAUUAUAGUCCAGUUGUCCUCUUUGGACAGACGUGUCCUGCAGCCUGGUGACUUCUAUCUGCAGGUGACAGCAUCAACCAAAAGUCCACCACGCAUCACACUCAAGUGCCUGUCAGCGAGCGGGCAGCAUGUGGAGGAGCUGGAGAUCCCUGAGUUAGCCUACAUCUCACUUUUCAGCAUGGCCUGGCUGGACUCCAUCAACCAGGAGAGGAACGUAAAUGGCCGAGUCACCCUGGAGCACUGUCUGUUGUCUGCUGAUAAUGACAUUUUCAGGGUGCCUUGGGAAGAUGUGGUACAACCUGAAUUCAUUAGCAGACCCUCAAAAGUGAGCCAGAUGGUUAUGGAGAAUGGGAGGGUUGAUGAUACUGAGGUAAAAGAGGGGCAGGAAGAUAGUGCUUCCGAAUCUGUGCAUGGAAUUUUGAUCGACACAUCAAUGGCAGAGUCAGCAGAGAGAGGGGAACCGUGUAAGACGGUUAAGCCUCUUCCUGCUCUGGAACAGGACAGCAGUGGGAGGAGCAGUGCUGCUGAUGAUUCAGAAGGUGAAUAUGUAGAACUUGCAGAUAUCACACUGCCUCGCUUUUCCCCACAAAAAGGCUCUUUGACUCAGUCAAUAAGCAUGAACUACAGAAACUUACACAAACCACGGACUACAGGGCCUGAACGGCCCAGAGCUAAUGCCUUGGAGAGCUCUGUGAAAAGUGACAGGUGUCCUCAGAGCAUGGUGUGUGCCAUGCUGAUUGAGGAGAACCUUACAGGGCCGUUUCUGCAUCAGAUGCCAGGAGGUCUGCACAGCAAGCGGCAGGAGGAGAAUGAGUGUGAACCGACCUCUUCUAAAGGUACAGCUCCAUCUGACGUUAUGCUUGAGCAUGAGCCUGUGACAGAGUGUGUGCCUGAACAAUUGGACUGCAUCAACACAGCACUUUGUGACUUGGAAAAGAACAACACUAUGCAUAUUAACUCUGAAUGUUUAAAUCACUGUCUUGCCCCAGAACCAGAUUCUGACCAGCCUACACUUAGUAUCUGUACCACUGACUUAGAAGCAGCUGCCAUGGAUAAGCAGAGAUUUGUAAGUAGGGUUGAAAUGGACAGUAACCUGAGUGACUAUGCUACUAGCACUCCAAACGCAGAGCUUUUAGAAGCUUCUGCCUCUGUCGAGACUCAAAAAGAAGUGCAGAUAGAGGUAGAGGCUAGCAAGGAAGUACAGACUGAGUCUAAACAGGAAGAUCCUAAAGACCGGCCAGCUAGCCGGCCUACAGAAUCUGAGAAUAGGGCCUGUGGUAGCCAGUGUAGUAGUGAAAGCAACCUCGAUUCCUGUGACACAGAGGAGGGCAGGCCAGGGUCAGCAAGCCCCCAGGGGCAGCAGGUAGACUGGGCCAUUGUCUCCGUACAGCCUGCAGAGGGUCACGUUACAGCCAUUCUUCCAGGUCACAAGAGGACAGAGCCAUGUGAGAAGAAAGAAAGUCAGAACAGAAAUAAGGGAUAUGUAGAUGCAGAGAUGGAGCUGCCAAGGGAUGAAGCUGAGGAAGAACAAGUAAACAAGAGGCAAUAUGUGAAUGAAGGUGACUCACGAACAGGAGAAAAGGAAUCGGGGAGAGGGACCGAGAAUGAGGCAAACAUAGAGGGAGUGGUAGUUGAUAUGGUAGAAAAAACAAAGACUUCACAAACAGGUUUGUUUAAUUCCACACCCAAAUCUGGCACAAUUGUAAGCACAUCUCCAGGUCAAGAGACAGGAAGCCCUUUAGGUACAGAGGAAAGAAAAGAAAUUCAAGAGAUACAAAAGAAAGAGUUUGAGGAGUUAGAGAAAGAUGAAAGUAUGCAGAUUGUCUCCAAGGGAACUGAGGACGUUGGAAUUAAGGGAUGUCCUUUGAUUGAGAAUGAAUUAACCAUGGGAAUUAAAACAGCAUCUCAAGUCUUUCAAAACCUUCCGGUUAUGUCAGAUGUGCCAGUUGCAAAUGACAGCACACCCUCAGAGCAAAUGAGUAUACACACAUCGGAUGCACUGGCAGAGGGAGUAAACAUGAUUAAAGUGGAGGAAGAGGAGGUGAACGACAGACAGGAAGAAAGGAUAGAGGAGCAGAGGCCGCAGGAUGAGCCUGUGUCUCCUGUUAAUAGUAUGCAACUGGAAGCAGGGGCGGAGUCUCAGCAUCAUCAUCAUCAUCAUCAUCAACAGGAGCAGGAGAAAGACUUAAUGCGUGCAGAAGACCCGUCGCUGUGUCCCGUUUUAGUGACGCCUCCUUCGGGUAAAAUUCACACAGUGGACUCUCCAGUGAUGCCACAUGAUCCUCCUCCUGCGUUUCCCAGUCAGGCUGUUAGGAAUCAGCCUCUUCUCAUUGAAGCUCAUAACAUCAACUCUGACAUCCUGUGCUCUGGAGUGCUCUGCCUGCCUGGGACACGAGACAAGUCAGGCCAUGCACUCGUAACAGUGACAACAAGAAACACCGCUUGGCUGAACCCGAACUGCAACAGCAGUGAGCUUGUGCGCAUCAUGGUCUACUUCUACACCAUUCUCAGGAAGGAAGUGCAGGCGUUGGGUUUGACUGUCCUAGUGGAUGCCCGCAGGUGCUCACCUGUCCCUGCUCUCUUCAAAGCCUUCGCCGUUCUGCAGGAGUCCAUGCCUGGUUGUAUCCACACUGUCUUUGUAUUGGCUGACAGAGAUCUGGCCUUGCGUAUUGAGAAGCCUUCUGCAGUUCAGGUGGAGUUGUUAACAUCUCUGAAGUCUCUACAUAAGCACAUAGAGGUUUCUCAGCUCCCCACCGAGUUUGACGGCACUUUUCCUUUCUCCCACAGCAGCUGGAUCUGUUUCAGGACUAGGGUUGAGCAGUUGACCAGUCAUUGUGAGGACUCAAUAAAUCUUCUGCAAAGCACCAUCAGCAGUCUGGAGUCUACAGUUCUGCCUCCUACUGCAGAGGAGGCACAGGUGCUUCUGCACAAGUAUAAAGAACUGAUGAGGAGCAUCCUGGAGGACAGCCGGCUGGUGCGUCUGCAGCUGGAGGGAGGAGCCGCUUUGUCCCGCCUUCGUAAAGAGGACACCAGCGUCAGCCUCACUGAGGACUACAGGGAUGCCGUCGAGGAUGUGGGCAGUCUGUAUAAUCAGGUGGACGAGCUGGUCCAUAAGCUGGUGAUGCUGUCCAACAAGUGCACUCAGGAGCUGGAGUUUAUUAUGGAGUUCAAGAGCCUGGAGGAGGGAUUCAGGGAGGUCAGUCAGUGGAUAAACGAGGUAGGAGAGAGUAGGCUGCAGACUCUGGGCGAGCUGGAAGAUUCUCUGGAGCAGCUACGCCACAAGCAGUCGCUUUUCAGAGACUUCUACAUAGCAGCUUACGAUCACUGUAAGAGUGGAGAAGCCCUUCUGAAACGGUUAGAGAGAUGGGAGGAUAUCUCGUCAACUGAGCUGCAGGUGUAUGAAAUUAAAGUGCGUUCCUUCUGGGUCCAUUUGCACGAAUUCUCCCAGAGAGUAGAGGACACUAAGGAGAAAAUUGACAAGACCGUGCGCCUCUACGAGUUCUUCGACAAGGCAUACGGAUGGGCUCUGGAAGGCAUGAGGCACUUGGCCUGUGUGAGCAUGGAGAAUUGUAGCACACCUGAGAAGUGCCAGGGAGUGAUGGCUUGCCUGGAAAACUACCGCAGCCAGCAUGUAGCGAUCCCUGAUGCACACUUCCAGGAGAUGAAGGAUCUCGCUGUGGAGUUAAAGAGUGAUCAGGGACUUAAACAGUGGAAAUUUGCCUGGUCAAAAUGCCAGGAAACCAAACAGAUGUUUGAGAAAAAGCUGGAGGCAGUGCUGCGUGCCCGCAACCUCGGCCAAGGUGCCAGCAACCCCCGUGGUCCCCAGGAGCGGAGCAGCAGCCUUUCGUUCUCCUGCAGGAAAGCCUUCGGCAGUGUCCGGACUCGUGACAGACUCUCCUCCACCCCCUGCAGCCCAGUAGGCACUCGUUCUGCUGCCCACGAUUCCCUGAGGACUCCUAUAGGAAGUCUCUGUCACACAGAGAACCUGAUUCCACACAGCACUCCCUGUAACUCUCACAGACUUACUCGCAGCACAUCUACAGAUGAGUCUCCUUAUGCCUCAUACUCAUCUUCGUGUUCUGCCAGUCCUGCUCUAUCAUCUGUAGGAGAUACAAAGCGAAGGGUUCUGAGGAAAACUCAGAGUUUCGAUGCAGCUGGAAGCGAGGUGGGGACACGGUAUGGCACGUGUCAGCGGACGCUAAGCGAGCCGGCACGCAGGGGCCACAUGGGUGUGUUUAUAAAAGGCCUGGAGGUGAGCAGCACAGAGGGGACUGAUCGGUCCUACAACUCACGGCUAGCUUUAGCACACACCUGGGCCUCACAGGACGCACAACCUACUGGGAGCCCUGUUCCAGAGCCACGCGCCAAGGGCAGUAAACUACGACACAUUGUGGAUGAAAUGGUGACAACAGAGCGUGAAUAUGUGCGCUCAUUGCGUUACAUCAUCGAUCACUACUUCCCCGAGAUGGAGCGUCCUGACCUGCCCCAGGACCUGCGGGGAAAGCGCAGCGUCAUCUUCGGCAACCUGGAGAAGCUGGUGGAUUUCCACAGUCAGUACUUCCUUAAAGAGCUGGAGAGCUGCUGUAACCAUCCACUCCGUGUCAGCCACUGCUUCCUGCGCCAUCAAGACCAAUUUGGACUGUAUGCUCUGUACAGCAAGAAUAAGCCUAAGUCAGAUUCACUGCUGGCCAGCCAUGGAAACAGCUUCUUCAGGCAUAAACAGCUGGAGCUGGAGGAUAAGAUGGACUUGGCCUCAUACCUGCUGAAGCCCAUCCAACGAAUGAGUAAAUAUGCUCUGCUGCUCAAGGAUCUGAUUAAGGAGGUGAGUGAGGCUCAGGAGCAGGAGCUUUCCUAUCUACGUGCCGCUGCUGAAAUGGUCAAGUUCCAGCUGCGCCACGGCAACGACCUGCUGGCUAUGGAUGCCAUUCGCGACUGCGAUGUGAACCUGAAGGAGCAGGGCCAGCUGGUCCGGCAGGAUGAAUUUACCAUAUGGUACGGGAGGAAGAAGUGCCAGAGACAUGUGUUCCUGUUUGAGGACCUGGUGCUGUUCAGCAAACCCAAACGCAUCGAGGGAGGCCUGGACGUCUACAUAUACAAGCACUCCUUUAAGACUGCCGAUGUGGGGAUGACCGAGACGUCGGGAGAGAACGGACUACGCUUUGAGAUCUGGUUUCGCAGAAGAACAUCAAAGAACCAGACGUACAUCCUCCAGGCUGCUACGUCUGACAUUAAACAAGCAUGGACCUCAGACAUCGCCCGCAUACUGUGGCAACAGGCAACACGGAACAAAGAAAUCCGUAUGCAGGAGAUGGUGUCUAUGGGAGUGGGCAAUAAGCCGUUUUUAGAUAUCAAACCCAGUGAUGCUGCUAUCAAUGAUCGGGCCAUUGAUUACAUCAUGAAGGGCAGAGGAGCCAGGACAAGGGCAUCCAUUGCUGUCUCUCUAUUUGACCACUCUAAUCCAUUUAAGAGAGCUCCAGUGAGUGCACCAGUUAACGGAACCCCAGGGCCAAAUGGACCCCCAUCUUCCACACUGCUGGGGCCCCUCAACCUUCACAUGUACAGCAGCCAAUCUCUGCUACCAGGAGAGAGACCCCUGAUCGGCCCAUGCAUCGAGGAGGAUGAACUUGAACAUGAAACCAGCAGCCAGCCUUCAAUGACUACAGAGAGUUCGGGAUCAUCCUCACACUGUCUUUCAGGCAGCGGCUCUAGUGGAUCAGACAGUGGCUGUGUGUCCAGUCACCUCCCUGAGGCUCUGUCUGAGGAGCCCGGCUCACCAUGCGACUCGUCCUGCUUCACCUCUGAGCACAAAUCCAGCUUCAACAGCCAGUACAUUUCAGCGAAAGGUGAUCAGGUUCUAGGCCCCUCCACUAUAGUGUGAGAGCUAUGUGUAACCACAGCUGCUACUGUUUAAUGUCUAGCUGCACCUCUAGAAGAUGACAGUGUCACCUGACACAGAAGAGGACACAGGCGUGUAUUUAUUAUCACACUCAACCUCCGGCAAAUCUCAUCUCAUCAUACAGACUUCUGAUAGAUCUGGAAAAUAGCACUGUACUUUAAAAAAAAUGCCACUUGUGAGCUGAUAUAGUUUAUACAUACUUUUUUUUUUUUUUUAAGUAAGUUGAUUUAAAUGUUGUAUUUAUCGUUUUGUUGUUAGGUGCUGGUACAGUAGUUUCUGUACUUUUAUCAGUAACUGUAAAUAAUUAUUUUAGUUUAACACAGUUGUGAACUGUUUCGGCAUUUUUUUUUUUCCUCAUGUCUGUUGACCACUUUGCUGUAGACUGCAAAAGAACUGUCCUUGAGAUAGCUCAGUACCAAAAGCUAGAGCCACACCUUACUAUUAAAAGUACAACGGUACUCCUCUUAUCGUUCCAAAAGCAGUGCCUUCUUCUAUUUAACACCUCUUGACUAUGUACUGUUCAGUUUUUAUUUACUUCUCUUUGCUGGGAUUCUCUGUGCUGAGCUGCGGACAGUCAUUUUUAUUUUGAUGCUACUGGCUAGCUUGUUUCCAGCUGCCCCAGAUUUUCAUGGUCAGCCCUGUUCCAGGAUCGGUGUUCAUGCAGAGCAGUCAGCACGUCGAGGAACUCUGAAGAGAUUCUCACCAUCGUUCAAAGCUGACUGUGGUGCUCAGUGGCCACCGGUCAUUGACCCUGUUUAAGGAUGGAGUUCAUUUCACUUGUCUUGUAUCUGCUUUAUAUAUAACUGCAAAACCAGACAAAUAAAACUGUACAUUGCCUGUAAACAUUA